UACCACCACCUGCUAAACUACGAUCUGCUAUACCACCACCUGCUAAAUUACAAUCUGCUAAACCACCUACUGCCACUGACUACUCUGGAACCUUAUCUGCUGUGGUAGGUCGUGGGCAUGUCAUCCCUGUCAAACUGACCUUGGCCCCUUUCUCCUCCUUACUCUCCAGCGAAGAGACCAACACCAACCUCCCCUCCAGCAGCCGCCCCUCCUCGUGCUCUAUCAAGCUUUUAGACAGUAGGAGUGACAUUCCUUGCUCCCUGGCUGUGAGCUCUAUUUCAACUGUUCCUGGACAUGACUCUAGCAGCAGCCCUGUGCGGGAGAAUCAAUUUGCUACUGAGGUCUCGUCGAUCUGCCUCAGCCAAGAUAGAAAUGGCCAAGGAGGGAGUGUGACACCUCCAGCCCCUUUGGAUGUUUCCCUCCCCUCCAUUAUUGAGCAGGCUGGCGAGCUUGUAUGUUCCGUCAUCUCCAAGUCUUUAGCAAUUGUGGAGGCGCGGUCAAGUGUGAAUGGUGAGAAGGGCUCUCCGUCUCCCACCACAGUCUCCCAUUCUCCUACAAGGGUGUUUGUCAGCCACUUAAGGAGUAGCCCACUAGGUGAGGACCUUGUAGAUUCAACACUUGCGGAUGUUAUCUCUGUCCUGAAAAUGGAGGGAAUUCUUUCCUCCUCUCCGACUUUGGAGGAGGAGCUGCUUGAUCUCUCCUCCAGUUGUUCUUCAUCAUCCAGCGAAACACUGCAAUGUGUGUCUGUUGGCCCUCUUGGCGGUGGGUCGGAGACGUCCUUCAAACUUCUUGGGGGUCGUACUCUGAGUAUCGCCACCCCAACGGCCCAUGUUAUCACAGAGGACUUAGAAGUCUACAGUGAUGAGAUCAUUGACGAAAUCCUUAUUAUAAUGAGGACCAAAAAAGAUGAUGACAGUGGAAGUGACGUCUCUGGUGCAUCAACACCAUGCAGCACACCAGCACCACAGAGCCGGUCCUCUUCUGCACUGAGGGGAGUGCUUCCCCAUGACAGGAGGAUACUCAGCACAACACUGCUUGGAAUCCAGAACACACUAGACAGUGAGAACCUCUCAGGGGAGUGCUCCAUCUCACCACAGGACAAUGCCAGAGUCCUGGAGAUGAUAAAGUUGCUGCAGAGGCGCCUUGAAGGGACACCCUCAGAGUCCUCCAUCCAUAUCACAGAUGUGGCUUCACCCUUGGGCUUUCCUCUCCCUGUAUCUCUCCAUGCUGUUCAGUCGUGUGUAUUUGCCACUGACAAAGACCUGAAGGCAGAAAGAGUGAAGGGAGUCUUUGAAAGCCUGAGAUCCCAGUUUAUGAGCUACUCCAUCAAGCCUGUGAGUAACAUCAUUACCAGGGCAACAACAAAGAUGGCUGCCUCCAAUCAGGUUAGUUUAGAGACACUCCAGGCAGCAUCAGCAAAAUCAUCUGCUGUGGCUCAGAACCUUAUUAGUUCGGUUUUAUUUCAAGUUGCCAAGGUGUCCUGCUCUGAUGACUUAGAGGGUCUGGGUGAUCAUCUCAGAUGCCCCUCAACUUUGACCAGAGUUCUGACACCUUUGACCUCAGAGAAAGCUACACUGACACCUGCUGUUCUGAAGAUCAGAAGGGAGAUGUGUAAGGAAGUGGCCACCGAACUCCAGAGUUUCUUGAUCAAGGAAUCCCUUACUGGUACCCAGACACCAUCCAAUGGACAUGUUUGCACUUCUGGUUCUGCCCCAAGGGAAGCUGUGCGGGACAUCCUGAGGAAAACCAAAGAGGAGGCUUCCAACAAAAGCCUGAAUAAUAUUUUCUCUGUUAAUUUGGAUGAGCGGCUCACAGACUCCAUUGCAGAUGCCUUAUAUCCAAAGCUGCAUGACACAUUGGAGUCCAAGAGAGAGCUGCAGGCUUCUUAUUACAGCUCCCAGAUCAGCUGCAGCCUCAGCCCCUUCGAAGUUGAGAGCAGCCUAGAGCUCCAGGAGUUCACUGACCCACUAUCUGAGUCAGUAUUGUGUCUCCUGGAUAGGACAUUUGGAGAUAAAGCUCAGAACUUAAAGACAGGCGGGGGUGUUUUACAAUAUGUCACAGACCCAACCUAUAAGAAGCUUUUGAUUGGACCCCACACCAACGACGUCAAUGUGGUUGUGCACACGAUUGCAGUAGAGGAGUUGCCUGUUGAGGGUUGUAUUGCGCAAAGUGAGGCCAUUCAUGGCCUUCACAAGAAGCAAGAGUUACCUUCCAGUGGCAGAGGGAAUGAGACUCAGAGCCCUACUAAUUGCCUACUGGAGGGUGUAGUGGGCAAACUGGUACGGAAGAUGCUAUUUCAGGGCCUUGACGUCCCUGAGGUACCCAUGAACGACAGCCGCUCUGAGAGCUUUAAGCUACAGUAUGAACUGGUUGCGAAGCUUUGUCCUCUGAUGGUAAGGACAAUCAUGGCUACAACCAUAGCCAAUCAACCACCUACUAUUCAAGAAGCAGUGAUGUCAUCCGAGAACAUCCAUGUGAAAGAGCUGUGUGAGGCAGGUAUCAAACCUCUCAAAGAGAACCAUGUACCCAAUGACUCUGAGACAAACAUCAUGGUCAGAAGGGCUUUGAGUGAAAUUGAAUCCUGUAUGAUUGAGAACUCCGACAAGGACUCUCCCAGUCUACAUUCCACACCAGAGGUGGUUGUAGACCUGAUCACCAAGCUGCUUCAUGGGUAUGAGCUUGACUCAGAGGACUUUGCAUCACCUGUGUCAUCCCCAACCACCACUCUCUCUGAUGUGGCAAUGGACAUGGUGGUUUCUGUCCUUCGGGACAUGUCCGAUUCCCCAGACGUUCCCUCAGCAUUGGAAAUGACCAAGGAUCUCAAGACGCCGUACUCCCGCCCCUCAAGUGCAAGGAUUGUAAGUGCCCUCUGCAGAGAGCUGGAGGAGCACAUGGGCUCUCCUGAUGCUUUGAGGCGAGCUUUGAGCCGCGGCAGCGGGGAGAUGACAACAGCCAUUGCGAGUGCAGUCACCAGGGAAGUCAACCGUCUGGGUUCAAUCGUACCCAAAGUCUCUGUCCGGCCGCUCUCCUCAGACAUCUGCCUAAGGACAGACCAGGACAAGGUCAUGGUUAAGAGCCGAUGUGGCUCGGCUGAGGUGAAGGCAUCCCAACCGGUGUAUAUUAUUGUUCACGUAGAGGCGGUGAUGGAUAUCAUUGUCCGGCUGCGGUCUCUGAUUGUUCCUCGGACCCAGGAUAAACUGGCCAGCUGGACCCUAGUUGAGGAUGUGACCAACAAGCUGUCCAGUGCUCUGUGGGUGAGGGUGACUAACAGGUGGAGGGAAGCAAAUGUCUGCCUGAAGGCAACAGACAUCUUUCAGCUGGUGCUGUCUGUGCAUAGAAAGUUGAUGCAACGCUAUGGCACAGAGGAAGCCCUACAGAAGAUACUGUGCCACAAGGCACCCAAGCUGCACAAGGACAUUGUCUGUCUUGUCACGAACGCAAUUAUGGAUGCACCAUCCAAACUUCAAGGCACCAAAAAUCUGGAAUCUACACUCAACUUGAAAGAAUUGACAGCCUUGUUUAAUGAAAUGACAACCCGUCAAUCUUUGAAUAAGAAAGCUGAGCAGAGCAGCAUCAAGACUGAGAUUGAACAGCCGGAGUGGUCCACUGUGGAACAAGUGACAUCCGGUUCCAGCAGCUUCAUUAGGGAGCUUAUAUUAGAAGAAGUCCUGAUGAAGCUUGUCAAGAAGAUAUGCCGUAUGCCAAAAAGGACCAACAAACAUCAGCGCAUCCAGAUCAGUGAUCUGGUGACUGAGCUGAUCCGAUUGUUCGAUGAUGAGGUGGCCAAAUAUCUGAUUGAGGAAAUGGGAAGCCAGCAAAAAAGUUUCAAUUCUAAGAUGACAUCGAAGCUGGCAGAUGCCAUCUACACUGACCUUGGGAAGGUCAAGCGUUUGAAACGCUCCUUGAAAAUUGACGAUUUAUUUGAGGAUCAGGAGAUGCUUUCCAUUGUCUCUGUCAUUGUUUCCCACAAGCUACUGGCCAUCUUGAAACCCUCAGUGCCCAGCGAGACCUCAGACCUUGAAGACUCAUGCAGUGAUGAUGUGGAGGAUGCGGAAUCUGAGGGGGUGCAUUAUGCCACCGGCAGAAAGUCCAAGAGGAGCAUUGUCCUUAAAGACACUACAGACCAGCCAGAUAUGUACAUUGCUGUGGAUUCUCCACCUAUGAUUAAAUUAUCCAAGAUGAGGAAAGGCAUCCGGGGCUUCUUCUGGGGAGUCCAGAAGGCCUGGAAACGCUUGGUCACCUGCAAGUCCUCUGGGUCCUCUGAUGGGUAGCCUGGAUGACGUGCAGCCCAUGUCAGUUGCUUUUGCCAGGCUACAUCUGAGGAGAACACCACAACUGGCCUCAAUACAACAUUUGUAUUUUUGUUGUUCAUUUCUGUUUUCAUUUUGAUUCCCCUAAUGCUGCUAUAUUUGAACCAGGCUGUCAGUGGACUAGCUUACCAUUAGUUUAUACUCCUUAAGGAAGAUCCACUAUAGGCUACUCAACACCAGAAUUCCAUCUGGGUCUUUUAAUCCUUUAUUAGCUCCCACUCCUGUAACUAGGAAUGUGAGCUUCUAAAUGUCAUUCAGACAUCUACAGCUUCUCCUGUGAUUAGGAAGAUAAGAUAAGAAGCCCAACCAAUUGACUAGAUGUGCUGUACAUCUGAUGCCCUCUCCCUAUUCUAAUCAUUGAUCCACGUCCAUUGCAGCCUCUAAAUUUGAUGUAGAUAUUUAGCUUAAAUUAUAAAAUGACAAGGAGGGUAGGCCGACAGCAGCUUCUACUCUUACGAUUAGGAAAGUGGUGCUAAACUUUUUGGGCUUUGAGGAACUAUGUAUUUUAUUUUUCAAUCACUUUUUUUAUGGUACUUUUUAAUAGUUGUUUUAAUAAACCAUUUGUAUUGCAGAUUUUGAUUAAUAUUGUAUCUUUUAUAAUUUUAAUUUAGGUAUUCAUUUGAUGACAUGGGACUAAAGCGUAGUUUAUACCCUACAUACAUACACAAUAACUUCAAGCAGCUACACAAAAAACACUCUACACAAGAACGCAGGAUCAGCAUUUAGUGAAGCGUUCUUGUGUUGCACACGAGGGGUAUGAACUAGGCUUAGUCAUUUUAUGACUUCUAUACGGGUAUAUAAUGGUAUCCAUAGUGCAGUAUUAAGAUAUUCAUUAUGGAGCUUUAUAUUAUAGUAGAAAUAAUGUAAAUGAAUAAAAGUGAAUUGAUGUA